UGUUGUUGAUCGCGAGAGAUUUUGCAAACAAAGGCCACUCUUAAGCGGCCCCCCGUUUCUCUCUCAGUGCUUCGUCGUGGAUACCUUAUUUCCUACUGGGAUUGUCAGAGGGGAAAAUAAUCAUUGGGAGCGAUCACCUGCUUCCCAGUGGAAUGAACGGGAAUGACUUCCCAUUGAGUCUGAAAGCUAUAGCUGAUGAGUUUUUCUUACCAAACCCUGUCUUGACACUCCAAGGAAGCAUUCCUGAUGUGAACUCAAGCUGGGGAGGAGCUUGCUGAGAGCAGUAGAGGACAUGAUUUUCAUAGGCUGGAGGCGGCUGAUACGCUUAUGCAGCAGACGCAUCUUCAGUACACGUCUAAAGCAAAAGGAUGGAAGCAGCUGUUCACUUUGGAAGUGCUACCACCAGAAGACUUCAGGGAGUCUCCUGGAUCCAGAGAUGAGACUGUUUUUGGAGAAGAACACAGAAGUCAUCAGCAGUGGGAACCUGACACCAGAAAUAAGGUUAAGACUUCUGACUCCUCGCUGUCGAUUUUGGCAUGACAAGGCUGCCUUAUGGCCAUAUGGGGACCCGUACUGGGCAAUCUAUUGGCCAGGAGGCCAAGGACUAGCCAGAUACCUUCUUGAUAACCCCGAGGUUGUCAGAGAGAAGAGAGUCCUCGAUCUUGGAAGCGGUUGUGGAGCAACAGCCAUAGCAGCCAUGAUGAGCGGAGCAUCGCACGUUGUUGCCAACGACAUUGAUCCUGUUGCAGGAGCUGCCAUGCUGCUGAACUGUGAACUGAACAACCUGAAUCCUUUCCGUGUUCUCACAGAGAACCUCAUUGGUACAGAAGUAGACAACUGGGAUCUUAUUAUCCUAGGGGACAUGUUUUACAGUGAAGCUCUUGCAGACAGCCUUCAUCAAUGGCUGAAAAACCACAUCCAGACUCAUAGGACUAAAGUGUUAAUUGGAGACCCCGGCAGGCCCUAUUUUGUGUGCCACAAAAUUCAGAAGCAGCUUCUCAAAGUCAGUGAGUAUGACCUCACCAAAUCAACGCAGCAGGAGAACAAUGGGUCCACCAGUACUGUGGUUUGGCACUACCAGCCUUGACUCUCCAUGGACCUCAAGUGCAGAAAUACUGGACUAAAUGGCAUGUCACUUGAACCACUAAAAGCCCCAUUUUGUGGCAGUUCAAAUUCUGACUGGUGCCAAUACAUACUAUACUGCCUAUAUGCAUUCUAUCAGCAUGCAUACAUUCUAUAUAUUUUAAUGACACAGCAUGGUUUGUACCAGCUGAAGGUGGCAUUUGUGCAGACUGGGACAGGCGUAAUAAAAGAAAGCACUUUGCCUUAUAAUUCCCACUUUAUUCAAUGGAAAUUAUGUUUGCAUGCCAGUAUGUGGCUGAGUUUUAUUCUUUAGAAACAUAAAGAAAAAAACUGUUUUCAAUGAAGUCUUUUGCUUGCAGAGGAUGGGUGUAUCAGUAGUUGCUGAUGUUAAUUAAAAAUGCAAAAUCCUA